AUGGUGCAAUACAAUUUCAAGAAAAUCACAAGGGUACCCACUGGAAAAGACUUUGUAGACAUAGUCCUCAGUAGAACCCAAAGACAAACCCCAACAGUUGUCCACAAAGGCUAUGCAAUCAACCGAAUCAGAGGUUUUUACAUGAGAAAAGUGAAGUUCACACAAACGAAUUUUCACGAAAAGCUUUCCACAAUUGUCGAUGAGUUCCCAAGACUCGAUGACAUCCAUCCUUUUUAUGGCGACCUUCUUCAUGUCCUUUACAACAAAGAUCAUUACAAACUUGCCCUUGGUCAAAUCAACACAGCAAGAAACCUCAUUGGGAAAAUAGCCAAAGAUUAUGUCAAGUUAUUGAAAUAUGGUGACUCACUUUACAGAUGCAAAGCUUUAAAAGUUGCAGCCCUUGGUAGAAUGUGCACAGUGACAAAAAGAAUUGGGCCAAGUUUGGCUUAUCUUGAACAGAUCAGACAACACAUGGCUAGGCUUCCUUCUAUUGACCCAAACACUCGAACUAUUUUGAUUUGUGGGUAUCCGAAUGUUGGAAAAAGUUCUUUCAUCAACAAGAUUACAAGAGCAGAUGUUGAUGUACAACCUUAUGCUUUCACUACAAAGUCUUUGUUUGUUGGACAUACUGAUUAUAAGUAUUUAAGGUAUCAAGUGAUUGAUACACCAGGUAUUCUAGAUAGACCUUUUGAGGAUAGAAAUAUAAUAGAAAUGGUUAGUAUAACAGCUUUAGCACAUCUCAGAGCUGCUGUUUUAUUCUUUCUUGAUAUCUCUGGUUCUUGUGGUUACACUAUUGCUCAACAAGCUGCUCUUUUUCAUUCGAUUAAGUCGCUCUUCAUGAAUAAGCCUUUGAUCAUUGUCUGUAACAAGACGGAUUUGCAAUCUUUGGAAGGGAUUUCGGAAGAUGAUAAGAAGUUAGUUGAAGAGAUGAAGUCAGAAGCAAUGAAGACUUUGGUUGUAGAUGGUCAACAAGUGUUGUUGACCAUGAGUACUUUGACUGAAGAAGGGGUAAUCGCGGUAAAAAACGCAGCUUGUGAGAGGUUGUUAGAUCAAAGAGUUGAAGUCAAAAUGAAGUCAAAGAAAAUCAACGAGUGUUUGAAUCGGUUUCAUGUUGCAAUGCCAAAGCCACGUGAUCAGAAGGAAAGACCUGUUUGUAUACCUGAAGGUGUUCUUGAAGCUAAAGCCAUGGAAGCUGAAAAGGUGAAGAAGAAACUGGAAAGAGAUAAUGAGAAUGAAAAUGGUGGAGCUGGUGUUUAUUCUGCAAGUUUGAAGAAACAUUAUCUUUUAGCUGAUGAUGAAUGGAAAGAAGAUAACAUGCCUGAAAUACUCGAUGGGCAUAACGUGUAUGAUUUUAUCGAUCAAGAUAUUCUACAGAGGCUUGAGGAAUUGGAGAAAGAAGAAGGGCUUCUUCAAGAACAGGGAGAUGGAGAAGAUGAAGAAAUGGAAGGUGAGGAUUUAACUCCAGAACAACAGAAAGAGCUGAAUGAAAUAAGAAAAAAGAAAAGUAUAUUAAUUCGUGAACACAGAAUCAAGAAAAGCACAGCUGAAAGCAGACCAAUUGUUCCAAGAAAAUUCGAUAAAGAUAAGAGAUUUACAUCAGAAAGAAUGGGGAGACAGCUGUCAUCAUUAGGGCUUGAUCCAUCAAAAGCAAUGAAAAGGGUGAGAAGUGAGUCAAGGGGUAGAAAGAGGGAAAGGUCAUCUGAUCAUGGUGAUGGAAUGGAUGUGGAUGAUGAUGAAGGGUCGAAUAAGAAGAUGAAGAUAAGGUCAAAGUCAAGGUCAAUGUCAAGGUCAAGGUCAAUGUCAAGGCCACCUGUGCAUGAAUUGGUUCCAGGUCAAAUGGGAAGACUACUAGACGUUAAGGAUCUCUGGUUUUUUUGAUCGGCUUUGGUGGAGAAUGUUAUGGAUCUUGUUAGCUUUUUCGUUUUGAAGUUAAAUGAUUUUGGUUGUGGGUUCUGAAUAUUUUUAUUUUUUUGUUAAGACUUUUGUUAGACAGCUAUAAUAUUUGGAUCUGAGUUUUUACUGGUUUAAGGUGCCAUUUUUGGUGAUUUUGCUGUGUAUUUAGUUUUUUCAUAUACAGGACAUGGACUCGAUUCC